GGCAUGAGGGCUGCUUUGCAUCGUAGGGCUGCCCCCGAAGGAGUUGACCAUACAAAAGAUGAUCCUCACGCAGUGCGCCGUCUGUGCCACCGAGCUUGGCUUAUCAUUGGGCAAGAAAUGCGGCCGCUGCAGCACGCGCUACUGUGGGGCAGCCUGCCAGGUGCAGCACUGGAAAGAGGGCGGGCACGACAAUCUAUGUAAAAAAAUAAAGAAAGCAGGCGGCGCAGAGCAGUACAACGCAAAUAAGAAGUACACAGAGGCCGUCGUGGCCGCGGCGGAGGCGUGCGCGGAGGACACGAAGGGCCAGACGUGCUACAUCUGCACGCAAGCUUUGCAUUGGAAAACGAAGGAGGGCCUCGUGCGCAUGUGUUCGUGCCGCGGUACGGCAGGCUUCGCACACGUCUCGUGUCUGGCGGAGCAGGCGAAGAUUUUGUUCGCGGAGGGCGAGGAGAACAAUUUGGAUGACAAGGCGUUGAAUGAGAGGUGGGCGCGGUGGUACAAGUGCGGCCUUUGCGAGCAAGACUACCACGGCGUCGUGGCGGGCGCGCUCGGGUGGGCGUGCUGGAGGACGUACGUGGCCCGGCCGGAGACGGACUGGGCUCAUGGCUUGGCGAUGACGCAGCUUGGGAACGGUUUACAUGAUGCAGCAAACCACGAGGACGCAUUGUCCGUGAGAGAGACCCAGUUGUCUAUGCGACGGCGUCUUGGCGUACCAGAACAGAACAUGCUCGUCACGCAGGGCAAUCUUGCGAGAACGUUAAGAGCGCUAGGACGGCUCGAAGAGGCCAUGCGGAUGCGGCAGGAUGUAUACUUUGGAUAUGUGAAGCUCUGUGGCGAGGAACAUGGAGAGACCAUCCGGGCAGCGCUUAACCUCGGGGUGGCGCUUCACGGUCUGGACCGCCUCAAAGAAGCCAAGGCACUCCUGCGCAAGACGAUACCCGUGGCGCGGCGCAUUCUCGGAGCUAAUAAUUCUAUCACGCUCACGAUGAAGAUGAAUUAUGCGCAAGAAAUUUACCAGGACGACUGCGCGACAAUCGACGACCUCCGCGAGGCCGUGACGACGCUCGAGGAGACGGAGCGGAUCGCGCGGCGCGUGCUCGGAGGCGCGCACCCGCUCACAGUGGACAUGGAGAAAUGCCUGCGAAAGUCGCGAGCCGUGCUCCGCGCCCGCGAAGCGCAGUCGCCGGGCGACCUCUGCGAGGCGCUGGGAGCAAUCUAA